UUUUCCCUUUAAUUGUAUAGAGACUGUGUAUUUGUUUACCUCUAAAGGUCACCAUGUUUAAAAGUGGGUUGACGAGUUUGUGACAGGAGCUGGUUUAUUUCUUUAUUGUAGUGUCCAUGUGUUGACAAUCACAUGUAGAUUUCAGGAAUCAAACCAUGUGCAGUAUUAGUUUUGGAGAUUUGUGUGGAACUUUCGUAGUUUUAUUUAUUAGUCAUGUUCAUAGACAAAGCCAUGAUUAAAUAGAGCAGCAAUAGGCGUUUCGAUAACAGCGUAUAAUAGCUUGAAUGUAAUGAAGAUGAGCCAUUCGGGUCACAAGCAUACCGUUUUUAUUCAUGUUUGCCGCAGUCCUUGUGCUUCACCCAUUUUCUCACUUCCAUUAGUCGUUGUGUGGCAGCAGAUCCUGCUUAGCAACAUUCCGGUUAUUCCUGCUGAAGGUUUGUAUCUCCCACUUCAUCUGUGGACACGUGAGCGCCUCUACAAAGCAAGGAAGAUCAACCUGUCAGAUUAAAAAAAAAAAAAAAAAAAGACAAAUAUGGGUUUUUCGUUUGAAUGUUUUAGAAUUAUUCUAUAGUUACUAUGUGGAGGAGCUUCCUGGCCGCUGUUAAGUAGUUCCUGGAACAGUCAGGUGGUUUCGGAGAGUUUUUGUGAGAACAUAAGACCAAGUGCUGAAGAUUGAGGUGACUGUCGACGUCUUUCGAAUUUGCCAGGAUGCCUAUUCCUCCUCCGCCUGGACCUCCACCCCCCCCCACCUUUAACCAGGCAAACACCACACCUCCAAAACUUAAUCGAGAUGACGCGAAAGGAAGAGGAGCUCUGCUGUCAGACAUCUGCAAAGGCACCAACCUGAAGAAGACCACUGUGGUCAAUGACAGAAGUGCACCUAUAAUUGAAAGUCGAGGUGGCAGCAGUGGCGGAGGUGGCGGCGGUGGCGGUGGCGGAGGCGGAGGCGGUUCUGGGCCAAUGGCCAUGGGAGGGCUGUUCAGUGGAGGAGUGCCCAAAUUACGACCAAUCGGAGACAGCUCUGUAGGAAGGUCAGCGCUGCGGCCGCCUGGCUCUAGGCCUGCAGUACCUCGUGCUGCGGGUCAUUCUGAACCAGACUGCUCCGGUCGUGGUGAUGGAGGUCGCUCCUCACCUCCAGAACAGGCACGAAAUCAACGUCUCUCUGUGCCAGACGUCUCCAAACCGUCUGCUGCCAGCAGCUCCUCAAAACCCACCAACUCCGCUCCACCUCCACCCCCACCAUUCAGUCGCGGUGGCAAUCGUGGACCCACCUCAGGCCAACAGGGUUCUGGGGCACACAGUCGUGAGAAACCCCUUCCACCACCGCCUGCAAGCAAGGGGCCUCCACUGCCACCAUCUUCUGCUCGGGAUGGGCCUUCUAGACAUCCCCCUAUUUCAUCUCGCUCCUCUUCAUCCUCCUCCCCUUCCUCAAAUGCACCUCCACCUCUUCCUCCUUAUCGUCAGCCGACUAAUGCUGCAAAUGGUGACCCGGCCCCUGUGUUGCCGCAGAGACAAAACUCGCUGAACAAGAGAAGCCAUGCCAAUGCUAACGUCCGUAGCCAGGCUCCUCCUCCUCCACCCCCUGCCCAGCAGAACAGACGACCCCCACCACCAUCACGUGAUCCAGUGGGGCGUAGCACAGCUCCUCAGGUUCCUCCUCCUACAUCUCGUAACGGGGUUCGGGAAACGCCACCCCCUCCACCCCCUUACCGCGGCGGGCCACAAACAUCUUCUGAACCCCCUAGUCGAGGGAAGCCCCCUCCUCCCUCCUCUACUGGACGCCAGUCUUCAGGACAUGCACCUCCUCCUCCUCCACCUCUCCGGAAUGGACAUACGUCAUCUGCCCCCAAGUCCUUUUCUGAUGAUUUUGAGUCCAGGUAUGACUUCCACCCUAUAGAGGACCUUCCCCCGCCUGAAGAAUACAGACCCUUCCAGAAGAGCUAUCCCAGCCAAAUCAACAAGACUUUAGUGAGAGGUGCUCCUCCACUGCCUCCUGUUGGAGGAAGAUGAACACUGUGUUCAGAGAAGAGAAGGA